AUGCAGAGAUUCAGUAACAUCACAACUAUACUCAAUUUGAUUGGAUUAUCAGUAAUCGGCCAAGAGUUUAUCCAGACGCUGACAGAUAUUGUGAUUGCUACAUCCUUGGAACGCCGGGUGGACACUGUACUCUACACGAGCUACGAAAAUGAAACUACCCUCGACUCAGCUAAUGUUCUGCAGUCCUCGAUUAUACUAAACGCGCUUGGUAGGGAACUGCCACAACCAUUGCUGCACUUUGACUCCGCAUCUCCCGUCGAAUGUUAUAAGAAAAUGUUCAAUGCCGAGUUGCUGACCAUCGCUAAACUAAAUCAGCAUUCUGAAUUUGAUGAUCAUCUGUUGGCCUCGCUGUGGCAGCGUCUUUGGCGCAACACACAAAGUCGUCUCAUCCUCUUGUUCGACGAUUCCGCUAGCGAAGCGUAUGUGACCAGAAUCUUCAGAAUGUGUGUGAAGCAUCGUGCUACGAAUGUGAUUGCCUUGCAACCACUUAUGACUGUAGUGGAGCGAAACUAUUGGGCUUUGCGUUUAUUCCCUGCAGAGAAGGUUAUCAAAGAGACCUUUCCGGUGUAUUAUAGAAAAAUAUUUAUUGAUCAUCUACAAAACAUGUACGGCUAUCCUCUGCGCAUGGUCGAACGUUCUGUGCAUCCGCAAAUGUAUUACUAUGAAAGCAAGGACGGCACCCAAACACUCAGUGGUUUCUUUGGUCGAUCUUUAACUGAAUAUGCAAAUCAUUGCAAUGCCACAAAGGAGUAUCCGCUCGCUUCACUACAUAAGAAUAUUACAAGCAUUGCUGACUAUGUUCACAUAUUCCAGAGUGAGAUUGUCAAUAUAGGCGCAAUAGCAUCAAUCGAAGCUGUCGAGUUUAACGUUAGUUUAUCGAUUGUGUUUGAACUUACCGAUUGGUGUCUAAUGGUGCCAGUUGAACAGCCAUUGCCGAAAUCUACUUUCUAUUAUAUCAUAGUGAAAACAUCGGCUGUGAUUUUGUUCUGUGGUACUGCAAUAUUUAUAUCUUGCUUUUGGGCUUUCACAUAUCGUUGCCGAAGUUCCCAACAAAAGCAAUUGGCAAUCAUUGAUUAUUUCUUUAAUGUGCUUCAGGGUUUAAUGGGCUCAUCAUUUUGGAUAAGCGAAAGCAACUCAGCCGUUCAGAGUGUCAUUCACUUGACCAUUUCGUCGGCAGGAAUCAUCAUUGGAACCGCUUAUGGCGCUUACUUGCAGAGUUUCAUUGUACCUCUUGCCGCACCAAUGAAAACCAUGGAUGAUUUACUAAAUCGUGGAAUUACGGUAACUACCAGCAGCUCUGAGAUUCCUUUUCUUCAGAAAUCAUUCGAAUUCACUAAAUAUUUAGAAAAGUUUACUUAUAUCGAUGAUUUUGAUGAAUUCCAAUCGAUGCGGGAUUUACUGAAUCCACGUUAUGCAUUUACGGUCACCGACAUGUGGGCGAUCUACGAUGAGCGACAAAAGUAUUUCCCCGACCACUGUUUCGUCUUUCAGAUAUAUGUUAUGGUAAAAGUCAUCCGAUGGUGUUGA